UUAUGAGCAUGCGUGUGUUUUGCGUGGAGCGUGUUUUCUGCCUGUGCUUCGGCAUAUCACACGUCUGUUGCCUACUACUUAUGUGCCGGUGCGAAAGGGUUCUGACCCAGCGGGCUAGUGACACCUCUACUCCCCCUGUGAAAGCCACUGAAGGAACAGUGUACUGGAUCUGUUCCACUCUGGACCUGCGGUCAAACUACAGGCCUAUCCCAGCUUUCAAGCAUCGCCAUGGAGACUCUGCGUCUAUCUGCCGUGUGGUUAUGCCUGCUGGUUGGCGUGUGUCAUGCUGCGGCCCCAGCAGAGGAAGAGAACCCAGAGUUCUGGAGGAAACAGGCCCAGCAAGUUCUUCAUUCAGCCCUCAACCGAGAGCUGAACACCAAAGUGGCGAAGAACAUCGUGCUCUUCCUGGGUGAUGGGAUGGGCAUCACCACCAUGACUGCAGCCCGCAUCCUCAAGGGUCAACUGCAAAACCGGACAGGAGAGGAGACGGUCAUGACCAUGGAUACAUUCCCCCAUGUGGGCCUGGUCAAGGUGUACUGUGUAGACUUCCAGAUUCCAGACAGCGCAGCCACAGCCACAGCGUACCUGUGUGGCGUCAAGUCCAACCUGAACACAGUUGGGGUGAACGCGGCCGCGCGCAACGGGGUGUGUCGUACGCAGAAGGGCAACGAGGUCACCUCCAUCCUCAAGUGGGCCAAAGAUGCAGGGAAGUCGGUGGGCAUCGUCACGACGACCCGGGUGCAGCACGCCACUCCGGCGGCGUCCUACGCCCACAGCGCCAGCCGGAAGUGGUACUCUGACGCGGACAUGCCCGCGGCCGCCAAGCGGGAGGGCUGCACCGACAUCGCCUCUCAGCUGCUCAACAACACGGACAUCGACGUGAUCAUUGGAGGGGGGAGGAAGUACAUGACGCCCAAGGGCACGAGGGACCCUGAAUACCCAAAGGACCUUACCGCGGUGGGCCGAAGGACCGACGGGCGGAACCUGAUCUCGGAGUGGCUGAAGAUGAAAGAGGGGAAGGUUGCGCGGUACGUUUGGAACCGCACUGAUUUCGACGCUGUUGACCCUGCAACCACAGAUUACCUCAUGGCCUUGUUCGAACCUGGCGACAUGCGCUUUGAGGUGGAGAGGGACCCUGCAAUGGACCCCUCCAUCACCGAGACCACAGAAAAAGCCAUCCAAAUUCUGCAGAAAAACCCCAAGGGAUUCUUCCUGCUGGUGGAAGGCGGGCGAAUCGAUCAGGGGCACCAUGCCAGCCGGGCGUCCAUGGCGCUGCAGGAGGCGGUAGCGCUGGACACCGCCGUGGCGCGCGCGCUGGAACUGACGCGCGAGGACGACACACUCACCCUGGUCACCGCCGACCACUCCCACUCCCUCUCCUUCAACGGCUACCCGUUCCGAGGGAACAGCAUCCUGGGAAAAUCUCCGCUGUUUGGGACCGACAACAUGCCCUACACAACACUGAUGUAUGGAAAUGGACCAGGACACAAAAUUGUCAACAACACGCGACCCAACAUCAGCAAGGUUAACACAGGCUCUAAGGACUACGUGCAGCAGGCGGCCGCCCCGCUGGCGAAGGAGACGCACGGAGGGGAGGACGUGGCCGUCAUGGCGCGAGGCCCCAUGUCUCACCUGUUCCACGGGAUUCAGGAGCAGAGCUACAUCCCCUACGCGCUGGCCUACGCGGCCUGCAUCGGGCAGGACCAGAGCCACUGCCUGUUCCAGCAGCCCUCCCAGCCCACGCCCACCGCGACCACCCCAAAGAGCUCCGCCCCCGCCACGCCCUCCGCUCACCUGGCUGCUGUUCUCCUGAGUGCCCUGCUGGCUGCCUCACUGCACUGAGACACAGCGGAACACGGAGGGGGACACGUUCUUCCACUGGCACCUGUGGAUCUCGCAAAGCACUGAACUCUGAACACUUCUGUUUUAAAAAUUUCAGAUUAAAAGCUGUUAAAUAGGAAAUUUAGUAAUAAACAUUAUAAUAAGUUUUAUAAAUCAUUUUGUUGAAACAUGUUUUUUUAAUAAACCCAGGAGAUCUCUCUGUU